CCGUCUUUUAUCCAACCUCUCCUGGGAAGACUCCCAAUCUCUCUAUAUCUCUUCUCCCUAUAAUUUAAAUUUUCUUUUUCUUUUUAAAAAAAAAAGUCUGAUCAGAGAAGGAAGGAACCAAUCAUGGAGACAACGACCACUCCUCUUCUCGCCGGCCGAUGCGGGUGGCUCCGGCGUCGUCUCCGCCUGAAAAACCCACUUUCCUCUGAACUGUCCGGUGCCGUGGGGGAUCUGGGAACCUUCAUCCCCAUAGUCCUAACCCUGACUCUAGUCUCCAAUCUGGAUCUCUCAGCGACUCUCAUCUUCACAGGAUUCUACAACAUCGCCACUGGCCUCCUCUUCGACAUCCCUAUGCCCGUCCAGCCCAUGAAAUCCAUCGCCGCCGUCGCCGUCUCCGAGACCCCCCACCUCACUCCUUCUCAGAUAGCCGCCGCCGGAGCAUCCACUGCCGCCACUCUCCUCCUCCUUGGCGCCACCGGAGCCAUGUCUUUCCUCUACAACCUCAUCCCUCUCCCCGUCGUACGUGGCGUCCAGCUCUCUCAGGGUCUUCAGUUCGCCUUCACCGCCAUCAAAUACGUCAGGUACGAUUACGACACUGCCACUCUCAAGCCCUCUUCUUCUCCCCGUUCCUGGCUCGGCCUCGAUGGCCUUAUCUUGGCUCUUGCUGCUCUGCUCUUCAUCAUUUUGUCCACCGGCUCCGGCAGCGACAGAGACUCCGCCGGAGAUGGAGAUUUUGCAGAGAGUUCCAGCAACGAGACACAAUCUCGGCGGAGGAGACUGCGUCUUCUCUCUUCCAUUCCAUCUGCGCUGGUCGUCUUCCUUGUCGGGUUAGUGCUCUGUUUCAUACGCGAUCCAUCCAUUUUUAAAGACCUUAAAUUUGGUCCAUCCAAGUUCAAGAUUCUCAACAUCACUUGGGAAGAUUGGAAGAUCGGGUUUGUAAGGGCCGCGAUUCCUCAGAUUCCACUCUCUGUGCUCAACUCUGUCAUCGCUGUCUGCAAAUUAUCUAAUGACUUGUUCGACAAGGAACUAUCAGCUACUACAGUCUCCGUCAGCGUUGGUGUCAUGAACCUAAUCGGCUGCUGGUUUGGAGCGAUGCCGGUUUGUCAUGGUGCUGGUGGGUUAGCUGGCCAGUAUCGGUUCGGCGCAAGGAGUGGUUUGUCGGUUGUCUUUCUCGGUGUCGGGAAACUGGUGGUGGGUUUGGUGUUUGGGAACUCGUUUGUGAGGAUUCUGAGCCAGUUUCCGAUUGGAAUACUGGGGGUUCUCUUGCUGUUCGCCGGGAUCGAACUUGCCAUGGCUUCUAAAGAUAUGAACACGAAAGAAGAUUCGUUUAUCAUGUUGGUGUGCGCUGCUGUAUCAAUGACCGGCUCAAGCGCAGCCCUAGGGUUUGGGUGUGGAGUUGUUCUUUACUUGCUUCUCAAGCUAAGAACGCUAGACUCUUCCUCGAUUGCUCUGUUUUCCAGGUCAAGUGAUGGCUCGUCUGAAACAGCUUCUCCUGUGGCCUAACACCCGAUUCUUCUUCUCUCAGUUGCUGGCUGGCUCAGCCUCAAUUCAACCUGGCUCAUUGUGUUUUUGCAGGUUGACCCUUAUCGCUCUGUUUCUUUACGUGCUCACUUAAUUUUAUAAUUCAAAGAGUGUAUUGUUUCGAUUGACACAAAGAUGUUAAAACCAUUAACCAAUGUUUAUAUAAUAAGAUAUGCAUAUAAUUAAGGGACUUGGGAUUGUUGACAAAACUCUAAACUAAAGAAAGCAGUAAUAGAGCGCAACUCGGAUCCCCUUAACAAUUGUCUCUUCUACAAAGGAUCAUAUCUGCUUUGGUAAAUUGUACAAUUGAAUUUGGUGAACACAUUAUACUGAUUACAACAUAUUUAUAUAAAUCGAACUCUGGUGUUUUCAUUACUUCCUUCAGAUAUUGAAAUUUUCAAAUUAAAGAGGAUUUGAUCAUAACACUGUCUAUU